GAAUGUCGACCUGGCAUGUUCUGUGCCACAUCAGCUUCUCAAUCCUGCGCCCGCUGCUCCAAGCACUCCAUCUGCCCACCAGGGAUGAUCGUCAAACUCCAGGGCACAGCGGAGAAGGACACGAUCUGUCAGCUGCCAUCCUCAGGGCCCCCUGAUUGCAACACCAACCCAGAAAACUGCAAGGCACCUGCCAGAUUUGUCAGCCUCAUCUCUGGCUUCUUCCCCAGCACCUCCAUCCUCCAGGUCAUGUCCACCCCGACCUCUCUGGCAACCUCCGGUGACAGGACCAUGCUUCCAGGAGAGGGCACUGCCCUCGCCCCAGAAGUUUCUUCUGAAUCCCUGCGGGCUUCUAGUUCUCCCUUCUCCAUGAAGAAGCCUAGUCCAGGUCCAGGGCUGUCCCUGCAGCUGCCGGGUCCACAGGGCUCUGCUGACGGCAUGAAGCGGUGCAAGCCCGACUACUACCUGGACGCAGCUGGACGCUGCACGGCCUGCGUGAGCUGCUCACGAGAUGACCUGGUGGAGAAGACACCCUGCACGUGGAACUCCUCCCGUGUCUGCGAGUGUCGACCUGGCAUGUUCUGUGCCACACCAGCCACCAACUCCUGUGCCCGUUGCUCCAACUACUGCCCACCAGGGAUGAUCGUCAAACCCCCGGUGAGGAAGAGGGGCCGGCGGGAGCUUGAGCCCCGCAAGGGCCUCGGCCAGAAACUGGGAGCUCGCUACCGCCCAUGUACCGCGGACCCGAGCAAGUUCAAGUUCAGAGAGCAGCACACACACCUGCGUGUGGCGGGAGGCGCGGCAGAGCCACCUGGCCGAGGGCGAGGGUGCGGGGCAGACGGGGAGUUAGAACAGCAGUGCGGCCGAGCUCCCUGGCCCCCUCCUGUUCCGGAAUUCCAAGAUGCUGCCGCCCCUGCAGGUACAUCUGAGAGAGACGUCACCUAUGAGCCGAGGGAGAUCGGGCCUGAUUGCAGCUCCGCCCCAGAGAACAGCGAGGCGCCCACCAGAAGCACCACCUCGGUCACCAAAUGGGACUCCCAGACCAGUAAGAGGCCUAACGAGGACAUCCCAACGAGCGCCUCCAUCUCUCUCUCCUCCACAGGAAAGCCCCGUCUGGAUCCAGGAUCCGUGUUCCUCUUGUUGGCAGUGGUGCUCCUGCUGGUAGUCGUCUCUGCCUCCUUCCUCCUGUGCCACUGGAGGGCCUGCAGGAAGGGGAUUCUCCAGAAGCUCCACCUGUGCUACCCAGUCCAGACCUUCCGGCCCACGCUGGAGCCUGUAGAUUCCAGACCCGGGAGGAGCCCAACAGCCAGGAGGAGCAUGUUGGUGGCAGAGCCGGGCACAGAAGAAUUGGGGUUAAUGAGCCCCCCGAUGAUGGAGACCUGUGCUGGCACAGGGACAGCCUGCCUGGAGAGCUUGAGACUGCUGGAAGCCAGCCCGGACGGGGGCCCUGAGCCCCCCAGGGACCUCCCUGAGCCCCAGGUGACGGCAGAGCACACCAAUAACAAGAUUGAGAAAAUCUACAUCAUGAAGGCUGACACAGUGAUUGUGGGGACUGUGAGGACCGAGGUGCCCGAGGGCCGUGCCCUGGCAGUACCGGCGAGGCCCGAGUUCGAGGAGGAGCUAGAGGUGGACCACGCGUCCCACUACCCAGAACAGGAGACGGAGCCACCCCUGGGCAGCAGCGGAGACGUCAUGUUCUCGGUGGAGGAGGAAGGGAAGGAGGACCCCUUGCCCACAACUGCUUCGGAGAAGUGAGGCCUGGCCUGGGCUGGGGC